AUUUAAAAUUAUAUACUGGAUUAAAGUAGUUCUAUCAAAACUAAAAUAAUCUGAAAAACAAAUUCCUCUGCUACUAUUCAUUUAUUAAAAAGCAUAAUGAAAUUUGAAGUUUCCGUUUUGACAGCUUCUGGCGAGUUCAAUGUGACUGUUUUUAAACUUUUGUAACUUUUAUAGUAUGUACUAUAUUAAAUAUUCAUUCAUUCUAUAACUGUUGUACAAUGAUGUUAUAAUGAAAAUAGAAAAUGAAGAAAAAUCUAUUAUUUACCAUAAAAUAAAAACUCUACAGAAAAUCGCCUUUGACAAAGGGAUAGAAAAUGUUUUAAAUACGCAAUUUAAUUGUGAUGUUACACACAAAUCAGGACAUAUUUUGUACAAUAAAACAUUAAUAUCAGUGAGUGUAGCUUUUAUAUCGUUACUUGUCGCAAGUUCUGUAAUAGAAUAUUUAUUAAGUGCAAGGUGUUUAUUACCUAUUAACCACUUAGUGUGGGAAGCGACUCGACCUCUUGCUGAUUGCGGCUAUUGUGAGAAUGUUACAAAACCUCUCAUAUUGUGGAACGUUACAAGAUAUAGCUUUAAGAAAUAUGCAUAUUCAUCAAAACCCAUAAUAGUCAAGAAUGCCAUAAAACAUUGGAGUGCCUCAAAAUUUUUUAGCAUAAAUUUUUUCAAAACAUUAUACGAACAAACUCCUCAGAGUUAUGAAAGUUUGGAGAAUGGUUGCCAGUUUUUAAAUUUUAAAUCUGAUCUAUUUACUCUGAAAGAAGUGUUUGAGAUGCCUAAAGCUAGAGUUUCAAACCAGUUUGGACAAGAGCCCUGGUAUGUUGGCUGGGGCAACUGUCAUCCGACCAUCUUAUCGAAAGUUCGUGAAUAUUACUCCAUACCAGAAUUCCUGCCUGAUGAUGCAGAGUUUCCGGCAACUGAAAAUAUAUUUAUAGGAUAUGAAAUGGGAGCGGUCAUGCAUUUAGAUUAUAUACCAAGACUGAUGUGGCAAGGACAAGUCAAAGGAAAUAAAACCUGGUUAAUAAAACCAGUGCCGGAAUGUGAGAACUCUUGUAGUGAAAUCAAAUUUUAUGUUGAACCAGGCGAUGUAGUGCUAUUGGACACUCGUCUUUGGUACCAUUCUACGACUAUUCCAAAAGGUCAACUGUCACUCACUGUUCAAUCAGAAUAUGGCUGAUAUUAUAUUUGGAGACAGUUUUCAGAUCAGUAUUAUUAUAUUUAAAAUAUUCUAUUAUUUAUUUUUCACUACUCUGAUGUGCCAUUUUACAUUUAUACCAAAAACUUUUAUUGUAUUUUAAGUUUAGCAACUCAUUUAUAUUAUUUACAUGACUUUUAUGAUGAUUAAAUAUUUUUAUGAAA